UUUGCCGUGGGAGGCCCGAAACCAACGCAGGGCCAAAAGCGCGCCCGAUCGGCUUUGGCUCAGUGCCGUCGGAAACUGUGGCGCGUACGGACCGCGCGUCCGCAUCGGUUAUCGCGUGCUCGAACACACUUGCAAAACUGCAGGACUGCAGCUUUGCCUUUGCGCAUCAUCCAGACGGGUCGCCUCCAGUGUCGCUCCAACUCCCGUGAGCGGGGUGGCCAAAAGGGGAGGACACGGGAAAGGGAGAGUAAAGGAGCGGUAAUCGGGACCCCCAGAACGCUCCCCCCCUACCCGGGGGAACGGGGUUGGUGGUGACGUGGUGGAGGUGAAACGGUGGAGUGUGAGUGGUCAUGGAGGUGAACAUGUGUGAGAGUUAAUUCCUCUGCCUGCGUGUGUGAGUGAGGUUUUGAGUGGUACAAAGUACAGCUAGUGUGGAAGAGGUUCGUGAUGGCUACUGAUAAUAAGUUAAUUAAGAAAAUUGCUGUGUUGAGUGAAUAUAGUUCGUAGUAGAAAGUGUGUGCGCCAAGUCUCAUUCUUCCAGAACUAGCUAAUCUAGUGUAGGAAGAUCUGGUGGAGGUGGCCUCGAGGCAUCGCGGAAGCCUUGUUUAAGAUUCGUUGCACGCAACGAGAAGCACAUGAAUUGGAUAACUGUUGGAAUUGGACAAAGCAGCCGUAAAUAUCGCCGGAUUUAUCUGGAGCAAUUAAAUUGAAGGAUGUUUUCUUCAUUUCUUCCAUACAUUGUUCAACCGUUCUCACUGAGAAGUAAAUUGGACAAACGGAACACUUCUCGGCUCCACUGCUCCAUUGAUAUGCAAAUUAAUGUAGGUUUCACUCGAGUAAAACGCACCCACAGCGAAGAAAAGAGCACACGCUGUUGGAUACAGAAUGAGGCGCUGACAUCAUAAAGACACAUCCUCACAUCCUCACACCAGAUCAAAUGUGGCGCAAAGAACUGUGGACGAAAUACAAGCGAAAAAUCACACAUCACAGAUAACCGAAGCAAGCAAGCAAGCCUCGAAGAACUUUGGUCUCGCUGCGAUACGCCAGCGCUGAACACGGCUCACCAGCGUUCGUAACGCGAUUCGUAACAAAUCUGGCAAAGGCAAUCGUCCGUUUGUGACCUUCAUCCGGCCUCCGGCGAGGUAGCGGGCGGACGGCCCCGGGCCCCCUGCAACGAUGAAGGUGGACAAGGGCGUGUGCACGAACGGCACCUUGGAGGACCUGAACCGGGCCAUCCAAUUCGAGGCCGUCUUUUCGACGCUCGUCGAAAACAAGAUACUGGCAAUCAAGCGUGAGUGUGAGCUGAAGAAACGGCACAAAAAGUCACGCCUCCUGCGGCGUAUCCUUUUCGGCCGCAAGGUAUCGUCGGGUGGGGCGGGUGUGGGCAGUUGCUGCCAUCGGGAAGUUUCCGCCAGUAAUAGUAACAGCAGCAACGGUGCAAACGCGGCCGGUGAGCCGUUAUGUCCGGAGCAGAAUGGAACUGCGCUGCGUGAUGGGGUUGACGUCGUUGGAUGCUAUAGCUAUGGGGCCACACUGCCGGAAGCGUCCCUUGCGGUGGAAAACUUCACCAUUAGCGAUGGCGUUGAUGAGGUUAUAGUGGAGAUCGGUGACCUUUCGUCGCUGGUCGAUGCGGAUGGGAAUGUGGUUGUGAGAACGGCGAGCCUGGAGCCCGGAAGCUGUGGGGAGGAUGGCAAUGGUCCGGCGAGCGAGUCGGUUGCAGCCGGUACCCGGUCCAGGAUGUCCGUUGCCGAAUCCGUUUCGACGAAAAGUCCCGAAUCGCUGGAGAAUCGUAGAACGGGUGGCCGGGCGGCUGUGAGCGCACCCCGGAAGUCCUCCCUGCUGGAGCCGGUUUCUAUCGAGAUCGAGCCGGAAUCGGAUCCGCUCAGCGCACACUACGAUAUGGAGGACAGUGCGACGAACGUUUCGAUUGAGUUGGACGGCGUUAGCGAUGUGUCCGAUAUGCGGCGUAGCAUCGCGUCGGAACCGAUAUCUAUCAUUAAGAAUUCGACCCGGUCUCGGUACGGCCUUGGGUCGUACCUGUCGGCCGGCAAUGCCGUUGCCAACCGACUGCGGGUGCUCGAAGCGAAAUCGAUCAGCGCCCAGAACAGCCCGAUACUGCCACGCCAGAAGCCGGCGGCCGAGGGACGCCAUCUGACAUUCAGCACGGCCACCUACCAGCAGACAAAGUCGUCGACCAAAGCGAGUGCCAUCGACUGUGAUACCUCGUUCGUGGUGGAUCUCAGCCAGUCGGAUCGGGAUCAGCAGCAGCAGCAGCAACAAAACAACUCCACUGUGAUAGUGAAGGACAAGCCGGUCGGCCAGGCGGCAGUCGGCAGCAAGAAGUCAGCACUAGUUCUAGGCGAUAAUAGCAGUAGUAGUAGCGCUAGUAAGAGAAACAAAUUAACGCAGCCCCACAGCAGCAACCAUUCAGCCAGUGCGGUGUCCAUCGGUCGGGCCGCGUCGGCACAGCAGCAGCAGCAGCCACAGCCAGAGGCGCCGUCUUCGCCUCCGCUGGGACUCAUCGAAAGCUUUAACCAGCUGACGGCAUCCAACCUACCUGUGAUAGCAUCCACUGCACGCCAUUCACCGCCGGUUAGUGAUCUGGUCAAGCUGCAGCAGCACCACCUCGCCAACACUCGCCAGCAUCGGCCCUCAUCCCCGUCGAUCCUGCUCGAUGCGUUCUGUCGCGGUGAGGCUCAUCCUUCCUCCGACGCUCACACGCCCAUUCCUUCCCGGCGAGCUAGCAAAGGAUCCGGCGCAGUCGCACCCUCGUCGGCCGGUGACGGUGUCUCUGCAACGGUGUCGACGGGAACCUGCAUACAGCCCUUGCCGGCUGGCCCAGCUCAACCGAAUCAGUCAACGAAUCAGCCGCAACGUAAGCCUCGGAGCUUCCUGAAACAGUCGAGCUGCGAUGUGGAGCUGCACUAUCGGCCAACCGUCACCGGCACACGGCGAUCGAGCGCCAAGGAACAUCACCAUCACCGGAAGAGCAGUGGCUAUGGCCACGGUGACGAUUACUCCUCCUACAUCAUGGGGUACGACAUCAACGAGAGCGACGAGGAGAAACUGAACAAACGGAAGUACAUUCUAGAAUAUUUGAAGCGAUGCUCGGACCCGGUCAUUGUGUUCCCGUCGACGAGCAGCGGCACGGGAGCGGGAGUAGCGGGCGGCACCGUCGGCGGCAGUGGCCUCCAGCAUUGCAUCCUCAGCCGUCCUCCGAACCAACCUCUUCAAUUCCCCUACGACGAAGACUUCAUGUACGAUGUUUCACUGCAAAUUGAAUCCGACCGUCACGGGGAGCUGGAUUCAAUAGUGCCUGAGCAUAGGAGGAAGCAUAAACACAGCAGACAUCAUCAUCAUCACCAUCGACACUGUAAGAAGAAAAGACACAAGAAGCGCAAAAUUCUGGUGCACGACCUGGACGACCAAAGCGUAAAGGUGAUAGACCCGGACGAUCUGCCGCAACGUGCCAGAUGGACAAUCAUUGCGACCGCAUGCCUAUUACUGAUUAUGUGCCUACUAUUAGUUGGAAUCACACUGCGGAUGGCUCCCAUCAUCGACGAUAUGGGUAAGUACGGGCGCGGCAGUGCAAACCUUCAUUAAACCGAAAUACCCGAUCGAAGUGAUAAUUGCAGGACGUAACUAUUGCGAGCUGAAGUUGUUUUUCACCGAUGUAAACUCGUCGCUGUGUGGCGCUAGCUGUGCACCAGCGACGCUCUGUACUCCAACUGAUUGUAAAGCUUUCCCACCUUGAAGCAAAUUUCAC